GUGAGCCACUGCGUCCGGCCUGGAUUGUGGUUCUGAUAAAAUGCUGUUGCACAUCUUUUAGCAGAUACCGUCAUUGAGCAUUGUAUGAAGCUGGGGAGGGCAUCAUGCCACUUGCUCUGUGGGCGGUGCUGGGCUGCCCAUUCUCACGUCUGUCUCUCUGCUCUAGUGUGUGGCCCACAAUGCCCUGGAGUGUGCACGCGCCAUCUACGCCUACGCCCUGCAAGUAUUCCCCAGCAAGAAGAGUGUGUGGCUGCGUGCCGCGUACUUCGAGAAGAACCAUGGCACUCGGGAGUCCCUGGAAGCACUCCUGCAGAGGGCUGUGGCCCACUGCCCCAAAGCGGAGGUGUUGUGGCUCAUGGGUGCCAAGUCCAAGUGGCUGGCAGGGGAUGUGCCUGCAGCAAGGAGCAUCCUGGCUCUGGCCUUCCAGGCCAACCCCAACAGCGAGGAGAUCUGGCUGGCAGCCGUGAAGCUGGAGUCUGAGAAUGAUGAGUAUGAGCGGGCCCGGAGGCUGCUGGCCAAGGCGCGGAGCAGCGCCCCCACCGCCCGGGUGUUCAUGAAGUCUGUGAAGCUGGAGUGGGUGCAGGACAACAUCAAGGCAGCACAGGACCUGUGUGAGGAGGCCCUGCGGCACUAUGAGGACUUCCCCAAGCUGUGGAUGAUGAAGGGGCAGAUCGAGGAGCAGAAGGAGCUGAUGGAGAAGGCACGGGAAGCUUACAACCAGGGGUUGAAGAAGUGUCCCCACUCCACAGCCCUGUGGCUGCUGCUCUCUCGGCUGGAGGAGAAGAUUGGGCAGCUUACUCGGGCACGGGCCAUUUUGGAAAAGUCUCGUCUGAAGAACCCAAAGAACCCUGGACUGUGGUUGGAGUCUGUGCGGCUGGAGUACCGUGCGGGGCUGAAGAACAUCGCAAACACGCUCAUGGCCAAGGCGCUGCAGGAGUGCCCUAACUCCGGUAUCCUGUGGUCUGAGGCCAUCUUCCUGGAGGCGAGGCCCCAGAGGAAGACCAAGAGCGUGGAUGCCCUGAAGAAGUGUGAGCAUGACCCUCACGUGCUCCUGGCCGUGGCCAAGCUGUUUUGGAGUGAGCGGAAGAUCACCAAGGCCAGGGAGUGGUUCCACCGCACUGUGAAGAUCGACUCGGACCUGGGGGACGCCUGGGCCUUCUUCUACAAGUUUGAGCUGCAGCAUGGCACUGAGGAGCACAGUAUCCUCCUGUCCAUCUCGUCCCUGGGUCGGACUCUGCGCCGGGCGGUGGCCGGGGGCCGCCGCGGGGCCCUGGAGAGAGCGGCUUGGACGGCGGCCGUGCGCACCGAGGCGGUGAUGCGGCGCCACUGCAGGACGCUGCGCCAGGUGUGCGCGCCUCCCCCAACCCCGCGGGGGCUCCACCGGCCUAGGCUGGGGUCGGGCCGGGCGUCGCCUCCCUUCCCGGACCGGGCUGGGCGCGGGGGCCGUGCGCAUUCGCUGACCGCCCUGUCCCCGACAGCGGAGCCGGCGGCCCGAGAGGCGCCGUGCCCGGCGUCGCGGCGGCCGGAGGCAGCUCCUGCUGCGCGCCCUGGACGCCGUCGCCACCUGCUGGGAGAAGCUCUUCGCGCUGCGCGCCGCGGCCUCCGGGGGCUCCUAGCGCGGCCCGCCCCAGCCCUGCCUCCAGCGAGCGCCCCGCGCGGGAGAAGCAGCGGGGCCGCGGCAGAUCAUGUCGACCUGUUGGCGACCUCGGCCCCUCGCUCGACGCAGCCCGCGUGCCCCGGAGGGCCCGGGGCUUGGGGAAAGCGCGCCCGGCCGCCGCUGGGUCUCGGAGGAGCGCGCCCUCCCCGCGCCGGAGGCCUCAAUAAACGGAGCUGGCGCCGCGGUCCCGCACUCCCUUCGCACGCGUCUGUGGCCUGGGGCCGCCGGGUCUGCGCUUCCACGGCGGGGAGCGGUGGAGGGGAACGCGGGACCGGCACUUCCCGUCGCACCUGGACGGGGCGGAGCCGCCGCUCCCAGCCUCGGGCAGCAGAGGGCGGGCGCGGGACGCUGGGCGCGCUCCGGCUCGGUGCGCUGCUCGCGGCUGGGCGGAGAGCAGAUCGGGGGACUCCUGGGGCCCCUAAAACGUCACGUAUCCGUCCUGCUCCACUUUGGACCGGGGCAGGGGGUGGAAAUUGAGGGGAGGGGAAGGCUGGACUUGGUGAAUUCGGAGCAAAACAACCGGAUAAAGGAAACGGGCC